GAACUUCUUUUGGUAUCUCAUUAGUUAAAGGGCAUGAUGUAUUUGAGGUAACACAAAGGGCAUCGUCAAUAAGCACAUCAUGCGUGUCUGUGUUGGCUAAAAUUGGCAGGCCAUGGAAGAGCUCGUUCUGGUCAAGUGCAAGCGCACCAUCAUGUGAUAGACUCUUACGUCUCUUGCUCUCUCAUCUCGAAACAAACAGCUCACGUCUGUCUUGAUUCCAACAUUUUUAAUAUUCAACAAGGUCUCAUCACACAAGACAUAAUGGCCUCCCUAUUCUCAAAUAUAGUUCAAGAAGAAUCGCAAUGGGCUUGCAUCACAGAGUUAGCUUCGCAGCUAGCCUGUGUAAGAGCUAGCGACAGUGAUUCUGGGAAUGCAGCGCCGGUGUUAAAGCCUUAUUACACUUGUCUUCUGCGUGAUCCGCGGCUUUACACAUUCUCGAGCCACCUUGUCGAAGCCCUGCUACAUAACGAGUCUCGAAUCGACGACUGCAAUAUACGUCAAAUACUUUCAAUCCUGAAAAGAGAGCCAAAUAGGAUAACACAUGCACUCGACCAUUCUGCCCUGCGCUGUCUGGCAUACAUACUACUCAAUUCAGAAGUCGAUACGGGGUUGGAAAAUGGGCUUUAUCUUCUACUGGAUGAGCCGCAAUACAUAAGGGACUCGGGCAGCAUGAUAUACCAGGUAGCAAGUCCACAAAACGGCGAUCAGUCGCGUGUGCUCCAUGGCAAAUUGAUCUAUAAGUUAUAUGGUCUAUUUUCUACCGAGGAGCAAGUUAUUCACGUACGGAAAUUGGCUGGCAAGCUACUUGUGGAGAUAUUGUCAGAAUCGAAAAUCAACUAUACCUUUCUCUUCGAAUCGCAAGAAGUAGAUAUGUCUGGGCUCUUAUCCAUCCUCCUCUAUCAUGCCGACACAACUUUGCAAGCUUUCGCAACUGUCAUUUUCCAUACGUUAUAUAACUCUGGUGUGAGCAGAGAGAUCCUCUGGCCUCCAGACGGUAGCAAAGAUAGAGGUGCUUUCUUCAAGCACUUAGUGGUGUAUGAAGGCAGUCCGCUUCAGAUUUUCCAUACCUUUGUCAAUGAGGUGGACCAAUCGAAUGGCACAAGAGGGCACCCAAAGAGGAGUCUCAGGAGGAAUCUCAAUCCCCGAAAGAGCUUUCUUGUUCGGUCACUUUACCUCAACGAAACACCCCUGCUGCAGGGCAUGGUCCUCACUAUAGCUGACGAAUAUGGCAUAUUUUUCAUGAAUCAUGGAGCUGAUUCAUCCAGAGUGUGUCUUGAAUUUGUCGACGUUCGCGCUCGAGAUAUUAGCCAGCCGGUGCGUACUGAGAUGGAUGAUUCUAAGAUAUAUCGUCUGAGUUGGGACCUUUCUCCGUCUAAUCUGAUCUUGAAAGAUGGUAGACGGGAAGGUCUCAAUGGCCAAGUGCUCAGCAUCUUAUCCAGCGAAGACCCAAAUGAGUUGCUGAAGGUCAUCGGGGUGUUUAAGAGGAGCAACCGUGGCUCUUCAAGAAUAGGCCCCAUCAUUCGGAGGUCUUCGUCCCUUGUGAUGGAGUUGGAUUCAGGCGAAGAGGUCGCGAGGAAGUCUUUUGACAUCUCACAUGAUAAUUUCAAUACGCAAGUGAGGUCCUGUAAGAGCCCCUUCUCGAAACAGAAGCCUGGCAAUAUGAUGGAUAAUCACCCCGGUGAUAAUCCAGACAAAUUUUCCAUGAAGCAACAGCAAUCACACGAUGGAGGUAAACCGCUCAUGCCGAUACCAAAUUUACCAGAGACUCGACUAUUAAAAAUCUCGCAAGUAGUAGGUCAUCCUGUGGGUCGAACAGAGGAAACGGGAGGCAAAAAAGAGGCCGACGUAAGAGACGACACCAGUACCACCGUUGAGACUUAUUCAGAAAACAAACUGCAGCGCAACCAAUCAACGAAGAGACUGAGGGAACCCAAUGGUAGAUUUGCCCCAAAGAAGCAAAUUGAUAGACAAGCAAAACCAAACCCAUUGUCUUCACAUAACACGAAACUUCAGUUAUCGAACACCCAAGAGUCUAUGAUCGUUUAUGCGCGCCAUUCUAAGCGAAAGGUGUAUACAGCAACCUCGAAAGCUAAAGUUGACUGGGAUGAAGGCCUCCGACCUAGUGAUGAUGAAGACAACUCGGGACGGAAAGAUACAGAACUUACUUCAAUUUCUUCCCCAUUAGCUGGCGGCACAUGUGUUUUUAGCAAGGGUCUGAAUGCCUUAGGUAAGAAAAGGGUAGCCAAAAGAGGAAGGAAGUCAGCUACAAAGCGCCAAAACAUACAGUCACGUCCUAGAGGGAAAGCAAGGAAACAACCCAAGAGAGGAUCAGCACCGUCACCAACAGAAGAGAUGAAGGCCAAAAUCUCUAAUCAAGAGCCGGGGCAUAAUCCAUCGGCCGAUGACAUACAAAAAAAGCUAGACCCUGGCACUAGCCACAACUCCCUUGGAGACAAUGACAUGCAGGGAGAAGAUGCAUGUUUUGAUAAAAGAUGUGAUGAUGCCGAGGUCGAUAGUAUAUCUGCUGAUGCCUUUCAGAGAGGUGAUUCUCUUAUGUCACAUUCCAGCAGGGACCACAACGAAUCGCUUCUGUUACAAGCUACCCAGAGCGAACACGACAAUACUAAAGAACGGCUCCAGGAAGCUAUGAGCGAGAUAAACUUGAACGCACAUAGAUUAGCUAUUACCAAGCCUGUGCUUCUUGUACAAGGACUCCAGGGCAGGGGACGCGCUGUUGGAAACAGACUGACCGCAGCUUUUCAGCAAGGCAAUUAUUCAGGCCACUCCGGAUCUGAAAAGACAAGAUCGAAGCAAUCCGAGAGUCAAGAAGAGCUGAAAUAUUCGGAAAUUUUCAUUUCGCCAGACCGUCUAUAUUCCCCAAUUAAAGAAGGUGCCCACGAAAAUUCGGGGGUUACAGAACCCACCAUGAAAGAUAACACCAGCCUUUAUGGGCAGUCGCUUGUAAUGACGCUGCAUAGGUCCCUUACGAGCAAGCUUGACGAUAAUCUCAACACGGAAUGUUCGACCCAAAGCCCCAGGAGCAGUACAGGGAGCUUGGAAACCGAUGACGAGGAGUAUGUGGAGGAAAUCCAACCAGAUAGAUCCGCUACUUCAAGAACUCCGAGGAAGUGUCGGUCCGAAGAAUCGUCCUCAAAGCCGUGCAGUGGAAGCUUUCGAGCUCAGCAGGAUAUUUCCGAUUUCGACGAUCUUGGGAGGGAAUCUGAAGUCAAAGGAAGUUCACCUGUCAACUUUAAGAAGAGGAAGAUAGCUUUACUCAGUCCGGAUUAUGUACGAACUGACGCAGACACCGGAGACCACCACCCAGGAAACCAAGCAGAGCCUACACCCAAUGUGCGCAAAGAUAACCUUUAUCCUACAAAGCGUUUAAAACCGACCCCUAGAUCAACCAUCGUUGAUCCUGAUGGAAGCCCGCGCCUUCUGUCUCGGGGUAAAUGGGGAUAUGUGGUCGAUGAACAUAAGUCGGGUGGAAGAUCUCAUAAAACGUCAGACGCAGAAGAGGAAAGGUUCCUUACUAAUCCGCAAAGUGAGGAGGGCGAUGGUGGAGAUAUUUGUGCAGAAAGUGAACACGAUCAACCUGCAUCAUGCAGAAGAAACGCAUUCCUGUCCGAAAAAGACGUGUCGAUGUCGCCCCAUGUCCCGAAGAAGUCGGAGCAUUCCGAGGAUGAGACCCGCAUGAGAGGAAUCAAAGCAAAGGGAGCAUUUACCUUCCAGGACCGCCUAAUGGCCUGCGCAGGUAAAGGCAUAUCCAAAGAGAUCCAGCCCAGAAAUGCCGCGCAAACAGUCCUUGACGCAUGUUUUGCAUCUGCGAGCGAGAACAAGCCCAAUGAGACAUGCAACCCGAUACCUCGGGCGAGUCCCUCCCGAGAACAACUACCUACCCUGUCAAGUCCGAAGUUCAUGAAUUUGAGCGCUUCCGCCGACAGCACCGCCCAGCUGACAAGCUGGCAGACGUCCCUGCAGGCGCUCCACCAGAGAGCACAAGGCAUGCUUGUGGCGACCAGUGAGUCGCGAGAUUGAGAGCGAGAAAGAGACGAUUAACGAGGUCUUGGAGACGUAUCGGCAAGAUUGUCACCGGGUGUUGGAUCGACUUUUUGAAGCCCAAGAAGAACGGAUCAGACUAUGCCAGCAACAGAUGAACUCUAUCCGCACCCACCAUACUGAGGUAUGCCAGGAAUUAGUGCACCGCUUAGAAAGAAACGAGCAGCAGCUCCAGGACCGGAUGCAUUCGCGGGAUGACAAGUUGAGGGAAUGAAACGAGGCAUUUCCUAAU